GAUUUGUAGAGUGUUCCUGAAGCGGUGCCUAUCUCCUUCUUCCGAGUUCCAGCUGUGAGAGCUGAGACACAUCGUUUUUCACUCGGCUUCUUCUUCCAAAUGAAUACCCGAUACGUGAAGCAAUUGCUCCGUAAUAUAUUUUGCAAACGAUCAUUUCAUAUGGUUAGUGGGCACCGUUGAGUACUUUUUUAUUUGAAAAAAUUUGUACAAGGAGGGAUCACCACUGAUUUGAAAAUUGGGGAAGCCCUGCAGGGAGGGAGAAGGGGGAAAAUGAUUGGAAAAGAAGCAUGGUGCAUUGCGAGAUUCUACCAAAUUUUUUCUCAAUAGAGAAGAACCAUAUCGGAAUUAUAUGCAUAGUGUUUUUAACCGGUUUCAAUUGCAAAGGUCAAAAACAGAGAAGGUAGAAGAAGAUAAGCUAAAAGAAGAUCAAGAAAGACAACAGAUUUCUUUCAAAUCUGAAGUAAAGAAGAAGGAAGAUUACAAUUAUGGGAUUAGCAAAUACAGUUCUGAUGAUGAAGAUCCCUCGGAUAGUAAGUGGAAGUUAGAGCUGGCUUGGCUCACAAAGGCACUUGAACCAGCUCUGCAAUUCUGUAGGUGGGCUCUGCCAUCAGGAGAUGGAAUUGGAAAGAAACCCCCACCAAGCAAUCGAUCCCUUAUGGAAAUAAUUGCCUGCAUCCAACGGAGCAAGAUUGGAAUCCAGGAUUGGAGCUUGAGUGACCUUACAAUUGGCUUGUAUCUGAUCUAUCUUCGUCAAGCUUCUACACAUCCAUUUGAAGAUAUCAAAGCCAUUCAGAUAUCAUCAGAAUCAAUAGUUCAAGAUCUCAUUUAUCAUAUUGAGUUGGCUAAAGGGGCUUAUAAGGAUAGCCCUGUAAGUCUUUCUAAGAACAGCAUGCUACGAGAAAGUAAUGUCAUAAAAUUUGUUAAAAACUCCAGUGUUAUGAGGCCUGCAUAUUACAUAGGGGUUGAUACCCGUAAAAGGCUUGUGAUUUUGGGCAUUCGUGGCACACAUACUUUAUAUGACCUUAUCACUGAUAUUGUUUCCUCAAGUGAUGGUGAAGUCACCUUUGAAGGCUAUUCAACCCACUUUGGCACUGCUGAAUCUGCACGGUGGUUUCUCCAUCAUGAGAUUGAAAUCAUAAGAAAAUGCUUGGAGAAACAUGAGGGAUUUAGGUUAAGAAUUGUGGGUCAUUCUCUGGGAGGUGCUAUAGCUUCUUUAUUAGCAAUAAUGAUCCAUAGAAAAUCAUCAAAGGAACUGGGUUUUAGCCCUGAGAUUGUAACUGCUGUUGGAUAUGGAACUCCACCAUGUGUCUCCAAAGAACUUGCUGAAAGCUGCUCUGGCUAUGUAACGACAGUUGUGAUGCAGGAUGAUGUUAUACCUAGGUUGAGUGUAGCUUCUCUAACAAGGCUCAGAAAUGAAAUUCUUCAAACUGAUUGGAUGAGUGUAAUUGAGAAAGAAGAAUGGAAAAGUGUCACGGAUUUGGUUUCAAAUGCAAAGCAGGUUGUGUCCUCUGUGCAAGAUGUAGCUAGCAAACUUGCUGAUUAUGCAAAUUUCAGGAGAAACAAAAGUUUAACUGUUGGUACCAUUGACAAGGAGUUGCCGGUUGCUACAGAAGGUCCUCUGCCCCCCAAAGUAGCAAAGGAGAAUUCAGUUGUUGUGAAAGUCGAGGGAACUAAACCUGCAGUACCUGAGGAAUUAUUUAUACCUGGGACUGUUUACUAUCUUAAGAGGAACAUGGGAUCCCAAAACGACGUUGGAAAGGAUUUUUUCACCCUUUUGAAGAGGGAGCCUGGUGAGCAUUUCCAGAGGAUAAUCCUAUCGGGCAAUUUGAUCACAGACCACAGAUGUGAUAGCCAUUAUUAUGCUUUGAGAGAUGUUCUUAAAGGAUUGCCAUGGUGCGGCAAGGAAGGUAUAUUUAGAUAACAAAUGUUAAUUAUUUCUUUUUAAAUUUUUUCACAAUGCUAUUUGAUUAUAAUAAAACUGUACAUGUAUAACUAGUUUUCUGUGCUUAGGGGGGUGCCUUAGGCUUACAGUUAGCAAUAGCAUAGUAGAUUAUACGUUAGGCAAUUUAUGUGAAACACAAUAAUUAUGGAUGGG